ACAUUGCCAAGCUUAUAGUCAUGGGCCGUAAAUACUGCUAGUUGAGUUGCUGAAGCUUCCCCGGAUGAUGGAUCACAAGGAGGGAGAUUAUGGUGCUAGCAAAACCGAUGAAUUCCUCGGAGUUUGAACCUGCAACCGCACCGACAAAUAAAGUCUCUCCAUCAAAGGACAACUCGCUAACGUUACAAGCAAAAAUAAUGUAGUAAUGAUGGAGAGAGUGAGCAUGAAAUUAAGUGGAGUUUUAAGUCUCAUUUGCAAGACUUUAUUCACCACAGAAUAUUCAUAUAACCAAAAGGGCCCGAAAGCCUCACAACGACUUUGGCAAAGUGAAAGGGUGAAGAGCAUGGGCUCCUACGCACCCAACUAUCAACGCCUCCUUUCCUUCACCAAGAGCUUGUCCUCGCACGUCAACCAAGCUCGUCAUGACCAAGCCCUUGCUCUUUUCCACCACAUGCAAGCCUCCCUCGCCCUUGCUCUCGACCCCCAUGUCUUCUCCCUCGUCCUCAAGUCUUGCGCGGCAGUCCACCGCCCGCAACUUGGCACCGCUAUCCAUGCCCAUGUUGCCAAAGCCUCCUUCCUCUCAAACCCAUUUGUUGCCUGCGCGCUCGUUGACAUGUACGGCAAAUGCGUCUCGAUUUUUCCAUCGCGCCAGUUGUUCGAUGAAAUUCCUCACAGAAAUGUUGUUGUGUGGAAUGCUAUGAUAUCGAUCUACACACGUUCUAAUUGUGUUCCUGAGGCUUUGAAAUUAUUUGAAGUCAUGGAUGUUGUGCCCAAUGUGUCAACUUAUAAUUCAAUCAUACCGGGUUUGGCAGGAUUGGACGAUGGGUCAUUUAAAGCGAUUGCAUUCUUUCGGCGAAUGAGGGAAAUGGGGUUGAAGCCAAAUGUAAUAACGCUUCUUGCUCUGUUACCCGCUUGCUUAGGUGUAGCGGCUUUGAAUUUGAUCAAGGAAAUUCAUGGCUAUGCAAUUAGAAAUGAUAUUGACGCGCAUCUCCAGCUGAGUAGUGGCAUGGUGGAGGCCUAUGGGCGAUCUGGGUGUCUUUCAAAUGCGCAUAAUGUGUUUUGUGGUAUGAGGGAAAGAGAUGUGGUUGCAUGGAGCAGCUUAAUAUCAGCAUACGCACUUCAUGGGGAGGCAAGAACUGCGCUGGACAUUUUUCAUCAAAUGGAAUUGGCAAAAGUACAGCCUGAUGAUAUCACUUUUCUGGGCGUACUGAAAGCUUGUAGCCAUGCCGGAUUAGCUGAUGAAGCAUUGGAUUACUUUGCUCGAAUGCUUACAGAUUAUGGCGUGGAAGCAAGUAGUGAUCACUUCUCGUGUUUAGUGGAUGUGUUGAGCAGAGCUGGGAGAUUACAUGAGGCAUAUCAUGUAAUACGAGAAAUGCCAGUAAAGGUGACAGCAAAAGCUUGGGGAGCACUUCUCGGGGCAUGUCGGACUUACGGAGAGUCGGAGCUUGCAGAGAUUGCAGGGAAAGCUUUGUCCCAGAUUGAACCUGAUAAUCCUGCCAACUAUGUACUGUUGGCUGGAAUAUAUGCUAGUCUAGGGAGACAUGAGGAAGCUGAAAAAAUGAGAAGAGAAAUGAAGGGGAGGGGAGUAAAGGCUGCCCCUGGUAGUAGUUGGGUAGUAUAUCAGGAUUGAUAAUAUACUGAUUUUUUGAACUAUUUUUUUUUUUUU